UCAAAGUACAGUAAAAUAUGUGUGGUCGUCUAUAAUUCAUUCAGAUUUUCUCAGGAGUUUUCGGCGCUAUUAGGUAAAGGUAGAUUAGUUCUCUAUUCUCACUUGAUCUCUUAGUGUGAUACGAAGUACAAUACUUCAAUUCAAGUAGGUAUUGAUAAAUUGAAAACUUUUAGCGAAUUGGAAAAAGAAAGGGAUGGAAGAUGAAAAGAAGGUGGUAUUCCUUGGUUUUUUUGCAAGCCCUUACGCUAGAUGGGUGAAGAUUGCCCUUAAAAUCAAGGGCAUAACCUAUGAAUAUGUUGAAGAGAACUUGAAAAAGAAGAGCCAAAUGCUACUUCAGUACAAUCCUAUACACAAGAAAGUUCCCGUACUUAUUCAUAAAGGGAACCCUGUUUCCGAGUCAUUGGUGAUCCUACAAUACAUUGAUGAAACAUGGAAAAAUUCUCCUCAUCUCUUGCCAUCCGAUCCCUAUUCAAGGUCUGUGGUGCAGUUUUGGGCAGAUUAUAUGGUUAAUCAGCUUGACAUGUCUUUGAAGAAGGUUAUAGCAAGUAGUCAAGGGAUUGAAGAAGAAAAGAGCAUAAGAGAAGUCCAAAUGAAGUUUAAUAUUCUAGAGGAAAACAUGAAGGUUAUAUUUCCAUAUGAUGCACCUUCUUGUAAUGAAGAUAUGGGGAUGCUAGACAUGUUGUUAUGCGCUUUCCCAAGCAUUAUCAAAGGCAUAGAAGAUGCCUUCAAUUUGAAGUUAAUGGAACCACAAAAAUAUCCAUUGACAACCUCAAGAAUGGCAUCUCUUUGGGGCCUCAAUGUGGUAAGAGACACUGCCCCACCUCAUGAGAGGUUGGUCAAAUUUUACCGAGCUUAUAGGAACUUGUGUUCCAAUUUCUAAGUGCAAUCUUUUUUUUUUUUUUUUUUAAGGGAAAUCUAAGUGCAAUUCCUCAUUGCAUGGUGUAUUGUGUAUUUGUGAGUAAUAACAAUAGACUACUGUGUCCUUAAUUAUUGUGGUCGCGGUAAGUUAAUUAAUAAGGCUUGUACUAAAAGUCAGUCUCGAUCACAAUAACUCUUUGUGAUUACUGUGUACUAUAAACUAAUCUCACAAUAACUCGUUGUAAGAUCAAUCGUAUGUACUCCCUCCGUUUUUAAAA